AUGACUCAUCAGGUCGCUACAAAUCCCAAGCCCAGUCGUGCCACUGAAAUCCGCAACAGCACUGGGCCCUCCCCGUUAGAAUCCCACCCUCCCCUUCCUUCUCCCAGUUACAAAAUGUUGCCUCUCCAAAGCAUUUGCUUACCUUGUUGUCAUGUGCCAUACGAUGGUAGUCAACUGAAUAAGAACAGUUACUGCCCUCCCACGGUACUCGUAUUGUCGACGGAUAGAGCCAGUGGUGCGAAGCUCGGAGCUGCCUUGCCUGGCUCAGAGGAGGGCACUGUUCGAAGGAUUAUUAUCGAGAAUCCUGAUCAGGAGAAGCAGUAUCAGUUUUCGCACCAGUGUCAGAUUCCCCAGCAAGCCGAUCAGUGCCAUGUUGCCCAGCCCUUCCAGCACUCUGAGCAGUCGCAAGUCACUCACCAGUGCCAACAGACACAGACCAGUAACCCUUGUGAAAUAAUUCCAGUCUCUGUGAGCGAUGACUGUGGAGGAAAUACAGUGAGGAGGGUAACAGUUCAAACCUGUGAACCGGUGAAUUGCUCUCAGGAAAAUAAUGACCAGCUGGACUGCCGCUACUUUGGUGAGCUCCUUGCUGAACUACACCGCAAGACCAACGACUUGCACAGUUGUUUACUACAGCAUGUGGAAAAGAUAGGAGGAAGGAACCAUGACAUUGAAUUUACAUCUCAGACUGAAGAUAUUGAAGAUUUAAUUCCUAAAGGACUGUCUGAGGCAACAAAGCAGCAGAUUCGUUAUCUCCUCCAGAUGAGAGUGACAUCAGAUAAAUCUUUGAGACUUGUGCUUUCCACUUUCAAAAAUUUACGCGAAGAGCUUUGCCAUUUGCAGGAUGACUUGGGGAAGUUAGAAACCGACAGUGUCUUACUUAAGAAGGAUUUGGCUUUUAAAGAUUCUCAAGUAAAAGAAUAUGAAACUAUGUUGGCUUCUCUGAGAGAGAAUAAUCGUCAGCAGCAGCAAGGACUCAGAGAGAGCACUGCAAAAUGUCGCUCUCUGGAAGAACAGCUCCUCUCUCUGCGGCUCAGUGAGGGAGAAAAGGAGUGUCAGCUAAAGGAACUGGAGUACUGCAAGCGUGCCUUGGAGCAAGAGAUCCAGAGCCUUAAACUACAGGCCUGCUCUAAUCCAACACUACAGACCACCACAGAUGAACUCUCUAGCCGUUAUGUAGAGAUGAUCAAUAACUUGAGAGAGGAUAAAGAUCGUGAGAUCCGCAGUCUUAGGUCCCAGUUAUGCCAAUUCCAGCAAGAUAUAUCAAAGAGAGAAGGAAGUAACAGUGACUUGCAAAUAAGGUUGCACGAACUGACAUCGAUGUUGGAGGAGAAAGAUGCUUUUAUUAAACAACAGCAAGAGGACCUCUUCCGACUGAAGCAUGAGAAAUUAUCAGGCAGUCAGUCCCCUGGUGUAACAGCUAUCAUCACUAAGAAGUACAGGAAUCAGUAUCCUAUUCUGGGUCUCUUGUCUGAUGACUACAAGGUUACAUCGCCUGUCAAUAAAUCAAACACUAUUGUAAUUGAGAGGACUGGAGAGAUCUGGAAACACGUAAGUUUACCUAGAGAUGCAGUCUCUGAAAUUCCCAAGUAUUCAAUUUAACUUCAAAGCAAGCAUUAGCCAAAAUUGACAUCUGAGAGAAAGCCAUAGUGUUCCUUUAACUUGGCUGCAAAAAGCACGAAAGUGACUGAUGAAAGUCAAGGAACUGUACUGUCUAUUGCAAGACGGCAGUAAUUGUUGGGUGGAGUAUAAACAAAUUAACCUUUCCUUGUUUUCUCUGGUACAUAAUUACCUUUAACGAAAGAACUGACAUUGCUCUAACAAACACCCACGCCUGCCCUCAUGCACAAGGCCGUCUUCCGGGCACCCCUGUACUGGGGAGUUAAGUCAGGCAGGAGCUUCUUCCGUGUUGUGCUCUCGGGUGAAGGGGUGUUUCAUAUGGGCAGCUCCUCUGAAUCAUCACUACUAAUGACUCCAAACUAUUACUAAAACAUUAAGCACCAUGUCCCUGAAACUUACCUUGAGACAGGGCAGUGACUAACCCAGGAAGUGCAGAAGUGUGGUGACCUUCUAAGGAGUGAUUCAAAAUGGAAACAAACAGGACUGCAGAAGCUAUUAAUGUUACAGGGCACAAGGUAAUGUUGCCAAGUCUGAAUACAAAGCAAAGGCUUGAGGAAGAGCAACACGGCCAGCUGGCGACCGAGUGUUCUGAGCAGUGGAAUCUGAUGACGCUGUCUGCAGGCAGAGUAUGGCAGAGCAGCACAAAUAAACAAGAGGGGAGCUUUGUGGGGGAUGCGACCCAGAAAACAAUUAAUUACUUGAGCAGCCCAAGUAGAGGAAUGGUAAAACAUCUGGCAUGUUCUAAAAGGAUAUGUUACCUGGAGCAGGAUUAAGAAAAUAAAAGUUAGAGGUCACUGGCAAACAGCAGUUUUAUUACUGAUCUCAUAAAACUCCUCCAGUUGCAAUACAACCUAGUGAAAGGUCAAGGAAUUGAACAGUAAUAAAUUACACUGAUAAAGCCAAACCCUCCCCAGCUUACUUGAAAAGUUAGGCGUACUUUCCAUUACAAAAAAUGGAAAAGAUGAGUAUACGCUGCAUUUAAAGAGAUCAGUAUCAUUAAAUAAGUGAGAACUGUGUGUAUUUAAAGUUUCCCAAGGUCUCCCUCAAUCACUAGUGCAAGUUUCAGCUGAAACAAAAUUACUUUGCUGCAAGAUAAACUUGGUAAGUUGGAGAAGUGCCAAUUGCACCUUUAUUCCAAGCUUUGCAAGUGCUUCUUCUGUGUUUAUGUACUGUCAGCCAAAUCUUUAUACCUGCAUUCAUUAUUGAAUAGUAAUGCUGAUUGAUAGGUCUUCUCAACAGCGUGGGUUUUCUACUGGAAAGCAAGUAGCCUGCCCAUGAUAACGGUCUUUCAAGCAGUGACUAGUUACCACGCUCAGUCCUUUAAGUUAGAUGUUCUUUGUAAUGUUGAUCCUAGAUAUAUUAGAGACAACAUUUAGGGUAGAAAUUUUGUAAUACCUACUAUUUAGGUAUCUGGUAACUGCCUGUUCUUGGUUGUUUUCCUAAGUAC